AUGAAAGCUAAAGUCCCAAAAGACUUCAAAGCUCCUGACAUGACCCUAUACGACGGAAUAUCUCACCCAAGCUAUCAUCUCAGCAAUUUCAGAAGUCGGAUGUAUCUCACAGAUGCCUCGAAUAAGAUCCGUUGCAAAGUUUUCCCGACCACCUUGACCAAAACAGCGAUAAAGUGGUUCGACAAUCUGCCGCCAAGGUCGAUCACAAGCUUCGAUAACCUCACCAAGAAGUUCUUAGCUAGGUUCUCCAUCCAGAAGGACAAAACCAAGCACGCUCCAAGGCUACUAGGUAUUAAAGAAGGAGAUAGGGAAAUCCUCUGUAGUUACAUGGAAAGAUUCAAUAAAGCAUGCCUUAACAUACAUAAUCUUCCUACCGAAGCAGCGAUUAUGGGACUCAUCAACGGCCUGCGAGAUAGACCCUUCAGCCACUCCAUAUCCAUGAAACACCCAACAUCUCUAAAUGAUGUAAAAGAACAGGCGGAAAAAUACAUCAAUAUGGAGAAGAACUCCCGAUUAGGGGAAACUUCAAAGACCGAAUUCUCCUACCCACCUCGGGACAAGGAUAAAGAGUCCACGAAGAAAGAAGACCAACCUACUGAUAAACCCAGGAAGUACCACAACUACAUCCCCCUUCGGGUGUCCCUUAUGGAUGUUUACCAAGAGAUAUGCAACAUUGAGAAGAUCCCACCCCCUUGCCCGAUUAAACACAAGAGAGGAGAAAGUUUGAUGGAGUAUUGUGAAUACCACCAAAUCUAUGGGCAUGCCACCAACGAGUGCUACGACCUGAAGAACGUUAUAGAAAAAUUGGCACGAGAAGGGAGACUAGAUCGGUUCUUAGCCAAUAGAGCAGACGAACCAAAAAAGAGAAGGGAUGAAGAGGACAGACGAGCUGAACGUCCCCCUCGUACCCCUGAAAGACAUGUUCACAUGAUAAACAGAGGAUUUGCAGGAGGAGGGAUCUUUGUAUUUACAGGAGGAGGAAUCUCUAAGUCAUCCCGCAAAAGGCACCUUAAAGAGGUGUACCUUGUCGGGGAAGGAGACAGGUCGCCCGACCUCCCCACUAUUACCUUCACUCAAGAAGACGCCGCAGGAAUCAUCCCGAGGCAUGAUGACCCCGUGGUCGUUACCAUCAUACUUGCCAAUGGCAAUCUCCACCGAACAUUGGUAGAUCAAGGAAGCUCUACGGAUAUCUUGUUCAAAUCCGCCUUCGACAUGCUCGACCUACAAGAAAAAGAGCUCAGAGCGUAUCCUAAUAUCCUAUUUGGGCUUGGAGAUGCCCCAAUUCAGCCAGUUGGGUACAUCCCAUUGCACACAACUUUCGGAAAAUGA